CGACCGACCAGACACAAUCAUUCGUUAUUAUUGCAUCCACGUCGCCGGCUUGCACCAUACGACCGUUCGCAAAUGCUAGCACGACGUGCUUCCCUUUUGGGCAAGGACAUCGGCGAUGGGUCGCCAUUGAUACCUACAGUUGGCAAAGAUGGAUUCCAGGUGUGCAUGGAUGUGUCGCAGUUCAAACCAAAGGAAUUAACCGUUAAAACUGUAGACAAAACUGUUAUUGUGGAGGGCAAACACGAAGAGCGAGAAGAUGAUCAUGGAUUGAUUCAACGCCACUUCAUCCGCAAGUACACACUGCCCAAAGACUAUGAUCCCAAAGACGUUGUGUCUACAAUUUCAUCGGAUGGUGUUCUGACGGUGAAGGCACCACCACCACCAAGUAAGGCUAUUAAAGCAAAUGAACGCAUAGUCCAAAUACAACAAACUGGGCCGGCUCAUUUGAGUGUUAAGGCGCCUGAAGAAGCUGCCAACGAAGGCAAACCAAAGGAGAAUGGAGAUAAGAAAUCUGCGAAGUAGGUGGUAGCUUCGUAGAGAAAACAAUACGAAGCAUACACAUACAAAUGAAAUACAAACAUUCUUUUGCAUCAGCUAGUUCUUAGUACGUAUUUUCUUCAAGUAACUGAAUUCUUGUACUAUUUUAUGUUUUAAUUGUAUUUUGAAAUUGACUACUAUGUAGUAUUAAAGUGCGUACAUGAGUGUUUUUAACUGCCUGUAAACUGAAUUUGUUCAACAAAUAAA